AUGCCGUCGGCCCAGAGUUUCUGGAUUGGCGCCCUGAACGUGGAAUUCAACGCCGUAACCUCCAUGCUGGACGACAGAUUCGGCCAAGACGUACGCUUCAGAGAAAGCAUCUUGACGUGCGGUCGCAUAAGUGCUCAUAAUGUCGUCGUUGUGCCUCUGCCGUCGGGAUCACCCGGUACCAUGUCGGCUUCCACAGAGGUCAACCAAAUGAAGAGCAAGUUCCCCAGCAUCAAGUUUAACGCAUUAAUAGUUGGAAUUGGCGGUGGCGCGCCUGGCCCAAAACGUGACGUUCGACUUGGCGAAUCCGGCCUCAUGGAGCAUGUCAAGGCCAUGAUGGAAAGAUGCGACAAUCAUUUGAGAUUUGAGGAUCCAAGUCCUGCCGCCGAUCAAUGUCUUAUAUGA